AUGUUGGUCGACUGGAUGAACGUGGUGUGCUACCAGGUCGAGGUGCAGUUGUGGCGGCCCUGGCACGGUCAGUUGCGGCCGAUAGUGCAUUCGCCUGCGGCGAAUGCGGCCGGUUGCAUCUGUGCACCAGUCCCAGUCCGGUCCGAGGCCAAUCCUGCCGUGGUUGGCGGUGUCUGUCUUGCGCCGAUCGAAGUCGAAUGGCUUGCCGCGUUGGCGAGAGUCGUGCGGCAGUUGGUGGGCGAAUUUUCGUGGCAUUCUAUUCUAAAGGCCACGGUGGACGAACCCACUUGUGUUGUGUGGUGCAUGAAGGUCGGUCUCCUACUCAACGCCUCGACAUAUCCCAAGUUUGACCUGGCCAUGUCCUUCGCGUUGAAGUCCAAGCGAUGGCGUUGCAGGCGUGCGGCGUGUGCAGACGGUGGGAGCGUUGAGCGUGGAAUGCGGUUUGAGUCGUUGUUCAAGGGUUCCAAGAUCCCUAUGGCAAAAGCUGGGGCGGACCGGACAAAACCAACGCUGUCGCGGCUCAUCAAGAAGCACAUUUCCCCUGGAACCAACAUCAUAUCGGACAGGUUUGGCUCAUACGUGUCGGCGAAUGAAAGCCACAACCUGAAGAACAAUCCACUGUUGGUCGACCAUUCGUAUGGUCACUAG